UUUAUUGACACUUUCAACAAAACCACUACCUCAGCUUGUGCAAUGUUUAGACGACCACCCCAGGCUCAAUGUUACUUCUGUAACACCUUUCUACCACAUCCUAAAGAUCCUAGGAACUUUCGAUGCAACUCCUGUGGAUGUUGGAAUCGUUACGAUGCGAAGGGAGAAAUUCUCUCGGAUGAGCCGCAAAUGCACGAAGAAUCAUUGAAUGUAAAGUCCUUUUCAAAAAGAGCUUCUCCGAGCAAAGAUCGCCUCCCCACAAGUUACGGGAGCGGACCUUUCUGCCAUAACUGUCAAACAAACCAGCAUUUGAUUAUCAAUCUACUUUCAAACUAUCUUCCUCCACCAACAAGUCCGGAAUACGAACAACGUUUAGAAAUGCUCCCGCGGUACCGCGAAUCCUUGCACACGCGCUAUCCGCCUGUUUGUGAAUCAUGUCUACCAGCAGUUGAGGAAGAAAUUCGAAAAAAAGAUGCUAUGGCUCGUGCGCAUGCAUUAGGUGGAUGGUUGAAGGAGACGAAGGGAAAAGUCCGACAGCGACGCGUAUCGGCAACAUUGCAAGAACGGGAAAAUAUUUCCAAAGAGUUGUUUGCAUGGCGAGUUCGCGGGUGUCUGUGGGCAGCUACUCUAGGCUCAUUCCUGGCUGGGUAUAUAGCCAUUCUAUUUGGCCGGCGACCGUUUGACCGACCAAGUUUGUUACAACCCAUAUCACCUAUCCUCACAGUUUGCUCUAUAUUAUGGACGGCCUGGGACCCAACUUAUGCUUCGAUCCGCACUGCUCAAAUACAGGGCCGCGAUGUUCGCGUUCAAGGCAAAAGACAGUACAAUGCCUUACAAAUUAUAAUAUGGAUCUCUCGACUUAUAACGACCACCUUGCUGGCUUUGCAGUGGUUCCAUAUAGACUAUUUACAACUAGCUCAGCGACCUCUGGAUCUACCAGCCCGCCUAUAUUUUUUAUUCCUGGUUUUAUUGGAAAUAUCUGUAUCAAUAGCCUCCUUUUUUGUCCUCCGAAUUCAGCAACCUCCAACCAUACGAUUAAUCAACACCAAAAGUCACGACUUGAACAACUCACGUUCACCGACGCCUAAUCCAACGGACCAAAGCUCUCGAGCGAGCACCCCCGCUUUUCUUCCCAAGGUUUCCGAACCAGAUCUUUUCGCUUCACUCACAAUAUCAUCCUCUCAACCUGUAGUCCCGAAGUCCCUGCCUGUUUUUGGUUUGCCUUCAUUGUUGCCUUCCUCUGCACCAACAGAAGCAGACGACGAAGACAAGAUGGAUUGGACUCCCACCAACGUCAAUCCCGGAACGGAAAAAUUCAAAGCCUCUUUGGACUCGAUAGGCAAAGACGAUGGAUGGUGGCUUCGACCUCAAAGGUUUUUCGCACCUGAAAAACCUACUGGACUAGAAUCUUUGUUUGAGAACACGAAACUUGCCGAUGAUGUGCCCAUGAAGGAUGUCACCGCAGUACCCGUCAACCGCUCGUCGGUUUUGAGGUGGAAAACCCAUGUUGAAGUGUGGUGGUGGAUGUACACGGCCGUUCUGGUAUUAUUAAUGGGUGUACUCUUGAAGCUGUGGGUUGGUCGCAAUGGCACAUCUGUUCAGCAAGAUUUUCAACACAUUUCUCUUGAUAAUUUUGCCCAAGACCCGAUACAACAAUCUGGUGUAUAUAGGCAUACUUCUCGUACCUCCAGAAUCUAAGCAAUGAUUCUGUCUUUACCAAACUUUUCAACAAGAUUGUCAACAAAUGCAGAAUCCUGUUGCCAGUUAUAGGGUAUAUAUGAACAUCGGAAAAGACACGGAACUGUCCAUUGAUAAUUUACUUAUCGAACAAGAUGAAACGUAAGAGCGAGCAAUA